CGCCUUCUUUUCUGUCGGCAUCCAACAUAAACACUUAUCCUCUCCCACUCGCUCCACUUCCACUUCCACUCUCUCUCUCUCUCUCGAUGGCCAGUUCCACUUCCUUCCCAUCUUCCCUCUUUCUCUUCAUCUUCUUCUUCUCCGCUCUCCUUUCUCAAACCCUUUCCAUUCCAUCUCCACCACACAAGACGUACAUCUUCCGCAUCGACGCUCAAUCCAAACCGUCCAUCUUCUCCACUCACUAUCAUUGGUACACCUCCACCUUCGCUCCCCCAACCCAAAUCCUCCACACCUACUCCACCGUCUUCCAUGGCUUCUCGGCUACUCUCUCUUCCUCCCACGCUGCAUCUCUCCUCAGCCAUCCAUCCGUCCUGGCCGUCUUCGAAGACCGCUCCCGCUCCCUCCACACCACCCGAUCCCCUCAAUUCCUCGGCCUUCGCAAUCAGCGCGGCCUCUGGUCCGAUUCUGACUACGGCUCCGAUGUGAUCAUCGGCUUCCUCGAUACCGGCAUCUGGCCCGAGCGCCGCAGCUUCUCCGAUCUCAACCUUGGCCCCGUUCCUGCCCGCUGGAAAGGCCAGUGCGAGUCUGGCGUCCGCUUCUCACCCUCCAAUUGCAAUCGGAAGCUAGUCGGCGCUAGGUUUUUCAAUCAAGGCCAUGAGGCUGCUGCUAGAUUAGCUGGUGGCACUGGUGUGAAUGCCACCAUCGAGUUCCGCUCCCCACGGGAUGCUGACGGACAUGGGACCCACACUGCAUCAACUGCUGCGGGCCGUCAUGCGUUCCAGGCCAGCAUGGCAGGUUAUGCAGCUGGGAUUGCCAAAGGCGUCGCACCCAAGGCAAGGAUUGCCGCCUAUAAGGUCUGCUGGAAGGACUCUGGUUGCUAUGACUCCGAUAUCCUUGCUGGAUUUGACCAUGCUGUUGCAGACGGUGUCGAUGUCAUCUCGAUAUCUAUUGGUGGCGGCAAUGGUGCAACAUCACCAUAUUACCUCGAUCCAAUAGCUGUUGGGUCAUAUGGUGCUGUCUCCAGAGGGGUGUUUGUGUCAUCGUCAGCUGGGAAUGAUGGGCCUGCUUUAAUGUCAGUGACCAACCUUGCGCCGUGGCUCACAACUGUUGGAGCUGGUACAAUUGACCGGAAUUUCCCAGCUGAUGUGAUUCUUGGCAAUGGGCGCAAGCUCAAUGGUGUGUCCCUGUAUUCUGGUAAACAGCUUGUGGGGAAAAUGUUCCCACUGGUUUACCCUGGUAAAUCUGGUGGCCUUUCAUCAUCUCUCUGUAUGGAGAAUGCACUUGAUCCGAGGGUUGUAAGGGGUAAGAUUGUGAUCUGUGACCGUGGUAGCAAUCCACGUGUCACUAAGGGAUUGGUGGUUAAGAAUUCUGGUGGUGUUGGGAUGAUCCUUGCCAAUGGGAUCUCCAACGGUGAGGGCCUUGUUGGCGACCCGCACGUCCUGCCAGCAUGUGCAGUUGGUGCUGAUGAGGGCGAUGCUGUCAAAUCCUAUGUCUCAUCAACUGUGAAUCCAAUGGCCACGAUUGUAUUCCGUGGCACAGUUGUAGGUGUCAAGCCAGCGCCAGUGGUGGCGUCGUUCUCUGCCCGAGGCCCCAAUGCGCUGUCUCCAGAAAUCCUCAAGCCAGACCUCAUCGCACCCGGUGUAAACAUCCUGGCCGCCUGGACUGAUGCGGUGGGUCCCACUGGGUUAGAUUCUGAUACCCGGAAGACGGAGUUCAACAUACUGUCUGGGACGUCGAUGGCAUGCCCACAUGUGAGUGGGGCUGCAGCGCUGCUCAAGUCAGCUCAUCCAGAAUGGAGUUCGGCUGCUGUCCGUUCUGCUCUGAUGACAACGGCUGGCAUAAACGACAACCGGUUCCAACUCAUGACUGACGAGUCAACUGGGAAACCCGCCACACCAUAUGAUGUCGGUGCAGGUCAUUUGAAUCUAGACCUUGCCAUGGAUCCUGGUCUAGUCUAUGAUAUUGGAAAUCAAGAUUAUGUGAACUACUUAUGCUCCAUUGGAUACAACCCAAAAACAAUUCAAGUGAUCACGCACAUGCCGGUGACUUGCCCGCUGAAAAAGCCAUCACCAGGGAAUCUGAAUUACCCAUCAAUUUCGGUUAUCUUUGAUGGAUCAGAAUCAGGGUAUGUAAGCAAGAUGUUUAUCCGAACAGCAACGAAUGUGGGUCCUGUGAAUUCGAUUUAUAAGGUGAAGGUGGAACUUCCUGCGAAGGGUGUGGUGGUGAGUGUGAAACCAGCUAAGCUUGUUUUCUCAGAGUUGGUGAAGAAGCAGAGCUUUGCUGUAACUGUUUCAGCCAAUUCAAAGAAUCUGAGUUUUGAUGAAUCGGAUGUGAUUUAUGGAUUCUUGUCUUGGUUGGAUGGGAAGCAUGUUGUCCGAUCACCAAUUGUUGUGACGCGUUUUAUGCCUUUGUGAGUUGUGAUGGGGAAGUGUUUAUAAGGUGGGAGAUCCUUCGGUUCGAGUAUCUUGUCAGCUGGGGUUCUCAUAUGUAUCGGGUUCAGUAGCUGUUUAAUGUUCUUGAGAGGGUAAGAAAGUGACCAUGUUAUAUGGGCUAGAGUGAAGGUUCUUAUUUUCUCUUUUCUCCUCCUUUGAGCAGAUUAGUUAAUUUUUUACAGAAGCUUUUGUAAUGCAUGUUUGUAUCUUUAACUUAAUUUAAUGAAGAAUGUAUUGUGUUGCA